GGGAAAGGAAAGGGUUGCUUUUGGGCAAAUCCAGAAACAAGGGAAUUCUCCUCCUCGAGUCCCAGCUCCUCCUCCUCCUCCUGUCUCAGUUUAUAUAUUCCAGGAAAAAGAAGGGACACAAAUCAUCAUCACCAUCACCAUCAUCAUCAUCUCCUUGGCUUCCCUUUGCUCAAUUUCCCGAUCCAGUGAUGUCUGGCUCCAAAGGCCUGGUGGUUCUCGCCUACAGCGGCGGAUUGGACACUUCCUGCAUUUUAGUCUGGCUCCAGGAACAAGGCUACGAUGUCAUCGCUUACCUGGCCAACAUCGGACAAAAUGAAGAUUUUGAAAAGGCGAGAGAGAAGGCGCUUGCCCUGGGAGCCAAAAAGGUCUACGUGGAAGACCUCCGGGGGCAGUUUGUGGAGGAGUUCAUCUGGCCGUGGGUCCAGGCCAAUGCUGCCUACGAGGAACGGUACCUGCUGGGGACCGCCUUGGCCCGGCCCUGCAUUGCUCGCCGGCAGGUAGCCCUCGCCCAGAAGGAGCGGGCGCACUAUGUCUCCCACGGGGCCACCGGCAAGGGCAAUGACCAGAUCCGGUUUGAACUGGCCUACUAUGCCUUGUGCCCCGAGAUCCAGGUCAUCGCGCCGUGGCGGGUGCCCGAGUUCUACAGCCGCUUCCGAGGCCGAGGCGACCUCAUGGCGUUUGCCAAGGAACAUGGGAUCCCGGUUCCGGCGACUCCUUCCCAGCCUUGGAGCACGGAUGAAAACCUCAUGCACGUCAGCUACGAGGCGGGGAUUUUGGAGAACCCAAAGAACGAGGCUCCGUCCGGUCUCUACACGAAAACCACGGACCCCUCCUUGAGCCCGGAUACUCCGGAUAUAUUGGAAAUUGAAUUUAAGAAAGGUGUCCCAGUCCGGGUCAAAGAUGCGAAUGCCGGCACCGUUUGCCAUUCCCCGCUUGAGCUUUUCGUGUUUCUGAAUGGGAUUGCUGGCAAGCAUGGCGUUGGGCGCAUCGACAUUGUGGAGAACCGGUUUAUUGGGAUGAAGUCCAGAGGGAUCUACGAGACGCCGGGCGGGACCCUCCUGCACCAAGCCCACCUCGACCUCGAGGCCCUCGCCUUGGACCGGGAAGUGCGCAAGGUCAAGCAAGGCCUGGCCAGGAAGUUCGCCCACAUGGUCUACAAUGGGUUCUGGUUCAGCCCUGAGUGCGAAUUUGUCCGGUGCUGCCUGGCGCAGUCCCAGGAAAUGGUGGAAGGGAGGGUCCGCGUGAGCGUCUUCAAGGGCCAGGCCUCCAUCCUGGGAAGGGACUCUGCCGUUUCCUUGUACAACCAGGAGCUGGUCAGCAUGGAUGUCCAAGGGGAUUACCAGCCGUCGGAUGCCACUGGGUUCAUCAACAUCAACGCCUUGAGAUUGAAGGAAUACCAUCGUCUCCAAAGCAAGAUCAACGUGGCACAGAAUUGAUACCAUCCUCGUGCGUCUUUAGACACUGCCCCCUCAUUUUAAUUUUAUAUUAAUUGCAUAAUAAUAAUUUUAAUAUUAAUUAAUUUAUUAAUGCAAAAAAAAAAUCCAGAAAUGGCUGGGAGAGAGAUGCAUUCCUUUGCAUUGGCAUGAAUGAUAGAUUUCUAAAUGCCUUACUUUUUAAUCCAUCGGGCCUUUGAUGUCCUUCUUCGUCAUGCCGUUGUUCCCGGCCGAACGAGCGCCUUUGUAGUUUGCGCCGGGGUUUAAGUGCCUCCGAAGGACACGCUGUUUAUUCCUCCCUUUCUCUCUUUUUUGUUGUCUCGAGGAAGAAUUGGGUUGGAUGGGACCCAAACCUCGGAAAUGGGGCGAAAUAAUGAGAAAUAGCAAACAAUUCCACCCUUUUAGUGAUCCCCAUUAAAAGCAUACCACGA